AUGGAACAGGACUUACAACCCACCAUGGAGUCUUAUCCCGACCAGCCGCACCAGCCGCAUUCCCCAUCCACAUCAGCCCCAAAAACUAUCCUAGGAGCCUCAAGACCAAUCGAUCUCGAACUGCGAGAAAUAACGAGCUCUGCAAGACAUUCGAUUCUCGAAAUGAACUCGGCCCUAAGCUUGACCGACAACUUGAUCAUCGGAACCAGGAACUCAAAGCUAGCGUUAGUCCAGGCAGAAUCAGUGGAGAGGGCGAUCAACGAGCGGUUCUCAUCCGAUAAGAUCAGGACGGAGAUUAAAUCGAUGAGCACUUCAGGCGAUGAAAACUUGCUGAAACCUUUAUACCUACUCGGUGGGAAAUCUGUUUGGACAAAGGAGCUGGAAUUCAACCUCCUGAACGGCUCGAUCGACCUGAUCGUCCACUCCUUGAAAGACGUACCGACUACCUUACCCGCAGGAUGCGAGCUGGCCUCAGUCAUGCUUCGGGAAGACCCUCGGGAUGCCCUCAUCAUUCGCACCGGGCUACCAUUCAGCAACCUCUCUCAACUACCUGCCGGCUCGAUCAUCGGCACUUCGAGUGUCAGGAGGGUCGCCCAACUUCGCCGUCGGUUUCCCAAUCUGGCCUUUCAAGAUAUACGCGGUAAUCUCCAAACACGCUUUAGAAAACUUGAUGCUCCAGAUUCACCUUACACGGGAAUCAUCUUGGCGGUCGCUGGAUUGAAGAGGAUAGGUCUAUCCGAACGAAUCACGUCUUACUUGGAGCCACCGGAUCUGUACCAUGCCGUCGGCCAAGGAGCAAUCGGAAUCGAGAUCCGAACACCACCCGAGAUCAAGCUGAAUGAAACGGUGGAGGAGACGGUUUUGAGGGAGCGGGCGAUGACGGUACGAAAGUUGGUGAAGAGCUUGGAAGAUUGGCGGACGGCAUUCAGCUGUGAAGCGGAACGAGCCUUGCUUCGUCGACUCGAGGGAGGCUGCAGUGUGCCCGUCGGAGUGAGGAGCUCGUUGGUCGAUCUGCCGAUGCCAUGCCCCUGGGCACCCAAAGCUCGACUGACGCUCACCGGAGUUGUCACCAGCGUGGAUGGCCUCGAAGAAGUACAGAAGGAAGCCUGGCUGGACGUUUGCGGUCCUAAGGAUGCAGCCCAUCUUGGGACCGCCCUGGCCGAUGAAUUAUUCCGCGAUGGGGCCGAUAAGAUCUUGGACCAACUCAACUGUGUCAAGAAGUUAGACCUCGAGGAAGAUGUUGCUAAUGGCGAACAGGGAUCUGCUAAUCCAUCUAGGAUCGCCAAUCUCGAAUCUCAGUCCCACUUCCUCAUCGCUGCUCCCGCCAAUUCUUCACGCACUGAUGUCGGUUCCAACCAAGACUACAUCGUAUUUUAA